AUGGGGAUUCGCAUUACCACCUGGAAUGUCAAUGGCAUACGGAAUCCGUUCGGAUACCAACCAUGGAGAGACAAGAGGACGUUUGAGGGCAUGUUUGACAUUCUCGAGGCGGACGUGGUUGUCUUCCAAGAAACCAAAAUCCAGCGGAAAGAUCUCCGCGACGACAUGGUGUUGGUGCCGGGCUGGGACAACUACUGGAGCCUGCCCAAGCACAAGAAAGGAUACUCCGGCGUCGUCAUUUACACGCGGAAUGCCACCUGCGCCCCCAUCAGAGCAGAAGAAGGCAUCACCGGCGUCCUGACCCCUCCGAAUAGCUCUACCAGUUUUCGAGACCUACCCGAAGAGGAGCAGAUCGGAGGAUAUCCAAACGCUGAACAGUUGUCCGAAGCAGACUACGACCCGGCAACUCUCGAUUCCGAGGGAAGAUGUGUCAUUCUCGAAUUCCCUGCCUUUGUCCUCAUUGGCACCUACUGUCCGGCCGAGCGAGAUGAGACACGAACUCACUAUCGCACGAGCUAUCUUCGGGUGCUCGACGCAAGAAUACGUAACCUCGUGAGAAUGGGCAAAAGAGUGGUCUGGACGGGCGAUUUCAACAUAUCGAGGGAGGAGAUUGACACUGCAGCAGCACAAGAGAGCAUGCGAAAGAACGGGAUUGACCCAGUCCAGUGGAUCUCCACUCCAGCACGGAGGAUGUUCAACCAGCUGCUUGUGGGGGGCAAAGUCCACGGGGAGAGAGACGAGGGGAGAGAAACACCGAUCAUGUGGGACGUCUGUCGGGCCUUCCAUGAAGGUCGCAAAGGCAUGUACACCUGUUGGGAGACUAAAGUCAAUGCCCGACCAGGAAACUAUGGAUCAAGGAUCGACUAUGUGGUGUGCAGCCAUGAUAUGAAAGACUGGUUCAGUGACGCAAACAUCCAGGAAGGACUGAUGGGAUCUGAUCACUGCCCAGUCUACGCUGUGUUGAAGGAUGUUGUGGUUGUCGAUGGUGUUGAGCGACAUAUGCUAGACAUGGUCAACCCGCCGGGCAUGUUCGUGGAUGGCGUGCGCAAACAGGACUGGUCCACCAAGUGCUUGCUACCCAUGUCGGGCAAGCUGAUACAAGAAUUCGACAAGCGGCAAAGCAUCCGGGACAUGUUCACCCGCAAGCCAUCGACCCUCAAGUCGAAGAGCAGCAUUGGUGACACAGACACCAACGGUGCAGUGGUGGAUAUCCCUCUGACGCCAGCUAUCGCAAGUGCCGACGCUCUGGCACCUUCUGAAGCGGACGAUUCUAGUGCUCUUUCAAAAACAGUCUCGAAUAUUUCUACCAACACCAAGGGCAUCAGUACAAAAAGGCCAGCAAAGGCAAUUGAAUCACCGACGGUGGUGAAGCGCAGCAAGACGACUCCCCAGACGACCUCCAACGGCGUCGGCAAGGGCCAGCAGAGUCUUAGAGGUUUCUUUUCCACCAAAUCGUCGGCUGCGCAGGCCCCCGAGGUGGACGACCCCGUGGUUGAGGCAAAACUCGAAGAAUGGCCUCAAGACCCGCUGACGCCCAAAGCCGCUCCGUCACUCGAGGAUGAAGCCGCCAGUUUCUCAGCCAGGCAAAGCUGGGGUAAAUUGUUCUCAAAGCCCGUGGCACCAAAAUGCGAGCACGGCGAACCCUGCAAAACCAUGUUGACCAAGAAACCGGGCGCUAAUUGCGGAAGAUCUUUCUGGAUGUGCGCGCGACCACUGGGCCCCAGCGGCAAGCAGGAGAAAGGGACGCAAUGGAGGUGUAAUACCUUCAUCUGGGCUAGCGACUGGGACGCGCAUGCUACUGAUCCGACCUGA